AGAACACAACCUUCAUUACCAUUUAUUCUAGAAAAACAAAUGCUUAAUAAACAUGAAUGGUAUUGCACCAUGCUGUUUCCAAGGGUCUCCAAGCUCAAAGGAGCCUUAGAUAUGAUCUUAAUGAGUUAUGACAAUAGCUACCAUUUAUGACUGGUAUGCACAGAGCCCAUGUCCACAGAAUAAAGGAUAAAUUGAGAAUAAAUAUCUAACCAAAGAGAGAAGAAUAGCAAUGAGAAGACAAAUUAUUAAAAAGAAGCCAAGUAGAAGUUCUGGAGUUGAAAAGUAUAACUGAAAUGAAAGAUUUGCUAGAGGGGCCCAACAGCAGAUUUGAGCAGAUAGAUAGAUGAAAGAACUUAAAGAUAGGCCAAAUUGAAAUUAUACAGUCUGAGAAAGAAUUAUAUUAAUGCCUAGAAUGAAAUUUUUAAAAAAUGAACAGAGCCUAAGAGGUGACCUAUAGGGCACCAUCAAAAGUACCAACAUAUGUAUAAUGGGAGUCCCAGAUGAGAGGAGAGAAAGGCAUAAAAUAUUUGAAGAAAUAAUGGCUAAAAAUUUCUCAGAUUUGAUGAAAAACGUUAAUCUACACAUAGAAGAAGCUUAAUGAACUCCAAAUGGGAUAAACUCAAAGAGAUCCUUUUUGAAAUACGUAAUCAAACUGUUGAAAGACAGACAAAUUGGAAAUCUUGAAAGCAACAAGAGAGAAGCUACUCAAAUCACAUGCAAGGGAUCCUCAAUAGCAGUGGUCCCCAAUUUCAGCAACAAUUUUUCCACAGACGGGGUGGAGGGUAAUGGUUCAGGCGGUAAUGCGAGUGAUGGGGAGCAGUAGGUGAAGCUUUGCUCGCUUGCCAGCUGCUCACCUCCUGCCGCAUGGCCCGGUUCCUAACGUUCAGUUAUUUCGCCUUCAUCAGUUGUCUGUGUCACUGAAUGAGAACUGCUAAGGAAUGAAAGAGUUUAAACCCUUUACUUCGGACCACACUCAGCCUGUCUGCAUCCCUCUGAUUGAACCACGAAGGGAGGAGGGAGGCGUCCCGGGGCUGCUGCUCACCACCGACACCCACCCUAUCUAGCACACUUUUGGUCACCAGGAUUUUACCAGGUGAUACUGCAGUGAAGACUCUUGGGUAUAAAUCUUGGCACAGAUCCAUGAUCAUUCUCCUUCUAGUAAACACCAAGAGGUGGAAUUGUGGAGUCAGAAGUACUUUUCAGAUUCCUGCCUUUUCCUUCUAGCCCACCUGGAUUUCAGGCCAGCCUUUGUACCCAUCCCAGGUGCAUCACCGAUCCCCAUGGCUUUAAGAUCUCCUGUUUCCAUGGCCCUGCACCUGGUGGACUGAGAGGGAUGCCAGCUGCUCUUUCUUUGCAGGGCACAGAGCUCUGAGUAGCACACCAAGAUGUGCAGGAACCUGGAAGCUGAGAACCCUUACAUAUUCUGAGUCUCUGAGUCAUUGAAGAAAAAGAAGCCACAGGAUGUUGGUGUGUGAGCCGUGCAGUGACCGUGUGGAGCGAACCUGCCACAGAUCUUCAAUGGACAUGAAAUAUGGAAUAAUGAGACACAGGUCAAGAAACUUGCCCAAGUUCAGACAAGACCCUUGGAGAAGGUCAGGUAAGCUUUCUGAGACCACACAGCAAGCGAGUGGUGCAGCAAGUACUGAAGCCGAUGUUUGUCUCCCCCUCUCCUGCCAAGGAGAACUGCCAGGGGUCCCUGAGAAAGCAGAAGAUGGGGAAGAGGGAAGGGAGCAGGCUGCGUCUGCGCGCGUGCUGGGAAGCGGGGGCUUCCGGGGCUGCAGGGUCGCCAUAGCGGGUGUGAUGCAAUCACGCCCGUCGCUGCGUCAACGGGCGGCUCCAGGGAUGCGGGGACUGCAGUAGAGCUGGUCCCCACUGCCGCCCACCUCGUCCCUGCCGCCCACCGCGGCUAACCCGGCAGGCAACCGCUGUCGCUAACCUUCGUCCAGCGUCAGGACCACCGCCCCGGAGCCACCAGCGACCCCGACAACAUCUCUCAGACACCGGCAACCCUGACAACCGCCCCCAGGUACCGGCGGUCCCUGACAACCACUCCGAGCCACCGGUAACCCUUGACAACCGCCGCCAGCCCCUCCCACCCCCUCCCCCGCCACCCGGCGCCUGGGGCGCGCCAUGAAGUCGGCGGUGAGCGCGCGCGGUGGGGUGUCUGGCGGCCGCGGGGGUGGCUGCUGGGGCGGAGGACGAGGAGGCGGAGGAGGAGGGGGCAAAGGAGGAGGCGGGGGCAAAGGAGGAGGCAGGGGCAAAGGAGCAGGAGGCGAUGGCGGCGGCCCGGGGGGCAAGGGCGGCUUCGGAGCGCGAACGCGCGGCUUCGGAAGCGGCAGGGGCCGGGGGCGUGGUGGCGGAGACGGCAGGGACCGCGGAGGCGGCGGGCAGCGGCGUGGCGUGGCCAAGAGCAAGAACCGCCGCAGGAAGGGCGUCACCACGGUAUCCGUGGAACCGCACCGGCACGAGGGGGUCUUCAUCUAUCGCGGGGCGGAGGACGCUCUGGUCACACUGAACAUGGUGCCCGGCCAGUCGGUGUACGGCGAGCGGCGGGUCACGGUGACCGAGGGCGGCGUGAAACAGGAGUACCGCACGUGGAACCCCUUCCGCUCCAAGCUGGCCGCGGCCAUACUGGGCGGGGUCGACCAGAUUCACAUCAAGCCCAAGUCCAAAGUGCUGUACCUGGGUGCCGCCUCGGGGACCACCGUCUCCCACGUCUCCGACAUCAUCGGCCCUGACGGCCUAGUCUACGCGGUCGAGUUCUCCCACCGCGCCGGCCGCGAUCUGGUCAACGUGGCCAAGAAGAGAACCAACAUCAUCCCAGUCCUCGAAGACGCCCGGCACCCCCUCAAGUACCGCAUGCUCAUCGGGAUGGUGGACGUGAUCUUUGCCGAUGUGGCCCAGCCAGACCAGUCCCGCAUCGUGGCUCUGAAUGCCCACACCUUCCUGCGCAACGGGGGCCACUUCCUCAUCUCCAUCAAGGCCAAUUGCAUCGACUCCACCGCAUCUGCCGAGGCAGUGUUUGCUUCUGAGGUGAGGAAGUUGCAGCAGGAGAAUUUGAAGCCUCAAGAGCAGCUGACCCUGGAGCCCUAUGAGAGGGACCACGCUGUGGUCGUCGGGGUCUAUCGGCCCCCUCCCAAGAGCGCCAACAAGUAGCAACCCAGCUCGGGCUGUCCCUGAGAUAAUGCCUAAGGCUGUGCUGUGUUCAGUGUUACUAUAUGUGUGUUUUCUCUGUGCACCGCUUUUCUAUUAAAUGGCAUAAAGAAACAGUA